AUGGGAGACAAGGCUGGCGAUAGUGAAAAGGCGUCUGCCAAGGACGGAAACUCAUGGAACCCAUUUUCAGGGUCUAGAUCGGGCCCUACACCAGCGGCAGGCUCAUCCUCGUCUGCCGCGGCUGCACCUCACCAAAACGAGGAACCACUGCCAGCAUAUAAUGCCUCGGAGGCCGCGGGGGUGCCGACUGUGAACGCACCCUUCCAAUUCCCUGCAGACGAGGAGCUUCCCGCAUACUCUGCUACCAACUUUGCAGGCGGCUCAAGCAGCCAGCCAUUGCACCAGCAGCCGCCAAUCGCCAUUCCUCAGGAGAAACCCGACGCAGCCUCGCCUUUCCUGAUUGCAUAUGCACCGUCGCUUCUCAAUUAUGGCAUCACGGAGCAGACUUGGCGCUCGUUCCUCGAGACCGUGUCUGCGUUUCUGGCAGCAAAGGUCUCGGAUAGAGCCGUCAGCCAUGCUGCAGACAUUGCCCGGGACAUUGGUGAAGGACCCAAGAGUCUAGGCAAAAGCAUCGCUUCACACACGAAGUCAGUUGGAAAGAACAUCGCGUCCCAGGCAAAGCGCGGAAAUGUCAUCGGUGCCGCCUUUGGUGUGAUCGGGGGUGCCAUCUCCAUCCCCGUCCACAGCGCGCUGGCCACUGUUGGGACUGCAGUUUCUCUGCCUGCUCACGCAAUUGGAGCUGUCGUCAAGAAGCCCCAGACGCCAUACCAGCGCGCCGUGGCCUACGUGGCCGUCGCCAACAAGAAGUGGUUUACGGGCCGCGGCUUACACGCAGUGCUUGCUCACUCACCUGAGCUGGAGCACUUGCUUGCGCUCCCUAACGAGACCCUUGUCCAGAAAGCACAGGCAGAGGAAGCGCCCAGUGCAGCUAUCCAGCUCAAGGCACUCGAGGAACAUAUUGCUGCAGUCCUGGUCCCAGAAAAGGCUCCGUUGGAACUAUCAACCGGAACGCUGUGGCUGGUUUUAUUCCCCGUCUCUCCAGAAGUGAGGGAGGGCUCUGGCGUUAAGAACUAA